AAACGCGCUUCCAUGGGCCGAUGGAAGCAGCGGGCCUUGGAACGCGCCGGGAAUGGCCUAGAGCCCUGCGCACGGGCGCGUACCCGCAGCCUCUUAAGGCUGACGGCCUUAACCUUAGCGUUACAGCUGAGAAGGCUAAUUAUAAUUAUCCUUCUGCUUGUUAUUAUCUCUGCCCUACCCCCGUCUUGGCGCCCGGAAAUGCAGCUGCUGUCCAUUCAGCGUCCAGCCCACAAUCCAGGGACUGCCUGCGUGGAACAAGACAGAACAAUAAUGCAGGCAGUUAUCGCGUCCUUGCAAUGUUUUGAUUUAAUCGAUUAUUUAUUGUUUGCUUAUUUCUUCCUUGAAUCCUCCACAGGGCUGGGCCAAGGGCGCGGCGCGUAG